AUGACUCUAGGCUCGCAAAUGCUAGCCAAGGGAUCUUUGAGUGCCACUGUCCUGGCGCAGUCACGCAUCAUAGACAUUCAUUUCCCAGUCCAGGGCAUUCUGGCCAUUUUGGCAAGGGAUCCGGAAAUUUGUGUGUGUCAAGGGUGGUAUUCACUGGUUACAUUGAUGAUUAGUCUUUCAAAAGCGGCAAAGUGUCGGACUGAACAGGCUCGUGGGGUAACAGCUGGCGGACACAGUUCCCUCCCGGAGCAGCUGUUCCUCGAUUUGCACAUCGCGGAAGUGCUCAAUCGAACAUCCGGGGAUCUAGUGGAACCAUGGGCCACCGAGUACUGCACUGCCAUUGCAGAGCAGCGAUAUGGAGACGCCAUCUAUGCCCGGUACAACAUCUUUGGGGAGGCCAAGGACGGCAUGCUGACGUUGUGGCACUGCACCGAUGAAGGGCUGUACCAUGAAUGGAACAUUACCGUGUAUGAGCAGAUCAUGGAGGAUGCUCGAGAAUACUACGAGGAGGAGCUGGACCUUUACCAAGAAGCACUGGAGUUUUAUAGCAGCAGUAGUCCCAACGACUCGCGGCCAGGCAUCAUCGAGGCUCUGAACACUUUGAUGAACAAGGGCAACUGGGACUAUACGGUAGGCCACAGGUGCAAGGUAGGGUACCGUCCAGAUGAGGACUUGCCUAAGUGGGCCUGUACCAAGAGAAACGCAGCUUCCGAAUCGGUAGUGUCAUCACCAGCGCGGUGUGGCCUGGUUUUGGCAGUUCCUCGGAUGAUUACCGGAGAUAGCCCUGAUCUUUCCUCACCUAGCAUCGCAGCUUAA